AUGAGGGUUUCCGCGUUUGCUUUGCUGGCCGCAGCAGCCACUGCCGCCGCUACUAGCGUCCAGGGUGCCGCUGAAGGUUUCGCCAAGGGCGUGACUGGUGGUGGAAGUGCGACUCCUGUCUACCCCACAACCACAGAUGAGCUUGUCUCUUACCUGGGCGACGACGAGGCCCGUGUUAUUGUCUUGACCAAGACCUUUGAUUUCCGCGGCACCGAGGGCACCACCACCGCCAAGGGAUGUUCUCCUUGGGGCACAGCCUCUGGCUGCCAGCUCGCCAUCAACAAGGACGGCUGGUGUGACAACUACCAGCCUGACGCUCCUCAGACUACAAUCACCUACGAUACCGCCGGUAUGCUGGGCAUUACCGUCAAGUCCAACAAGAGUUUGAUCGGUCAAGGCACUGCCGGUGUCAUCAAGGGCAAGGGUAUCCGCAUCGUCAACGGCGCUAAGAACGUCAUCGUCCAGAACAUCGCCAUUACCGACAUCAAUCCCCAGUACGUCUGGGGCGGCGAUGCUAUCACUCUGAACGACGUCGACAUGGUCUGGAUUGACCACGUCACAACCGCCCGCAUCGCGCGCCAGCACAUCGUGCUCGGCACGAACGCCUGCAACCGCGUGACUAUCUCCAACAACUACUUCAAUGGCGUGUCCGACUACUCCGCGACCUGCGACGGAUAUCACUAUUGGGGCCUGUACCUGGACGGCAGCAACGACAUGGUCACGCUGCAGGGUAACUACAUCCACCACUUCAGUGGACGCAGCCCGAAGGUUGGCGGUAACACGCUGCUCCACGCCGUCAACAACUACUGGUACGACUCGACUGGCCACGCCUUCGAGAUUGCUGCUGGCUCCUCUGUCCUCGCUGAGGGCAAUGUCUUCCAGAACAUCAACGCCCCUGUUGAGAGCAGCAGCUUGGCUGGUAACCUGUUCACCUCGCCCGAUUCUAACACGAACAAGGUCUGCUCGUCCUACCUCGGACACACCUGUCAGCUCAAUGCCUUUGGCAGCUCAGGCUCCUUCAACCAGGCAGAUGAGGGAUUCCUUGUUAACUUCAAGGGCAAGAACGUGGCUUCUGCGGAUGCUUAUAGUGCUGCGCAGAGCGUGCCCAACAAUGCCGGUCAGGGCAAGCUCUAA